CCUGUUACACCUGACACCUGAAACACAGAGCUGCUCUGCUAUCAGAGAAACAAGCAGAGUCUGAGGAUUUCACUCAGCAGAUUCUCUCUUUAGGAGUUUUGUCUUCGUUUCUACGAUCAGAGGCAGCGAUGGAGAACGUUUGUGCCCUAAUAUCCUGUUUGCUGCUGACAGUCGGAGCGGCGACGGCCCAGACAGUGAAGCCUCAGGAGCGUCCGCUGCCUCAGUGGCUCACAGGAAUCAUCGCCGUGGUUGGAUUCCUCUUCCUCUCCUUUGUCGUCUUCCUGAUGAAGAAGGCGUGGUGUGACGAGCCCAGCAGGAGCAGAGGUUCAGUGAGAGUAAACAACACCGUCACGACUGAAGAAAAUCCGUCCGAGACGAGUCUGGACCUUGUCAGGAGCAAAGGCGACAUGAACGCCUAUGAAAACCAGACGUUUGAAAACUCUGACGAGAAGGUGACCUCCAUGUGACCGUCCUGCAGCGAUCCUAUUGGCUGACACCUCUCGACAGAAGCACCAGACACAACCAGCCUUAGAGGAAACCUGAAGAAAGCAUGGAGUUCCUGAUUGUUACUUUAGUUUUACCUUUGUGAGGAACUUUUUUCCAUGCUAAAAUAAAUGUUUGUUUUUCUGUCUAAUGUCAUCUAUAAAUACAACUAAAAUCACUGAGAAGAAUUCACAAGAAGUCAUUGAUUAUAGGUGAUUUUUAAAGUAGAUUGAUGCAUGUUUAUUUUGAUGUUAUUCCUCUCUGCAGCUGUAAACAUUCAGAGAAUGUAACCUGAGGAAAUCAGCUGUCAGCUGAUUAAUAAGUGAUCUUUUCUAAAAAUCUGCUGUGUCUGCUCUCAUUACUGAUCAACGAAGAGAUGACCUCUGUGAUCAAUCAUUAAUCACUACAACAGUAGAGACUCAUUUUACUAUGAAAGCAGCUGUAAGCAGUGUCUGAUAUUAAGGGUAAAGAGAUGACUCCAGUCUGUCAUUAAAGUUGAGAAUAGAGUCAGUGUGCCUGUGGUUACAGACUGACGGUGGACGUUAGAUGCUGCUUGUAGUUCCCAGGGAGACAUGGUCAGUGUAUUUUCAGACACUUCCAGUUCCUGGUUUAAACAAAAUCUGAAGAAGCUCUAUCCUGUUUUUGAAAAAGAAAAACAAAGACCUGAUGUUUGUGUGUAAAUCACCAAAAUGGAAAAAUGAAAACUAAAUUUGAAAACAGUUCAACUUUUUUGUUUCAAUUAUGUUUUUGUUUUCUUGUUCUGUCCAUACUAAAUCAAAUCACGGUAUUUUACUUGCCUUUGACGGUAACGCUAUUAUAUCACGGUAUUACAAAAUUCAUAGGAGAUAAUGUUUUUCAAUCCAAAUUCGAGUGUUAUUAAUCCCCUUCUCCCCUUGAAACAAGCCUUUGGUGGAGUACUCAAAUUAUGUCUAAGCAUAGGAACACAGAAAAAAAUGUUUUUUCAACAUUUAAAAAAUGGGGUCCAAUUUUUGUUUUUUUAAAUUCCAUUAUUUUGUUUUCUUCAUUUAAUGGAGUGGGCUCUAUGCACGAACUGCUUCCGCAUUUGGCAUUAGACCGCUCCCACACUUCCAGUUCGGAGAAGAGAAAUAAGUAUAAUGGCAAAUUCGUUGCGGUUUACUCGCUGUUUGCAUGAGUUACCUGAGCUGACUGUCAAUGACGAGUUCAAUUUAGCUGAAGAUGUACGUUGCAGCACGCAGCAACGAUGUCCAGAAGUGCUUUUAACCUGUCUUUGAAACAUCAGUUUAGCAUGUUUGGAUGCCAAGCGAUGAUGAUAGACUAAACACCGAAACAAAAAACCCAUGAAAUGGACAAAUGAAGGCAGUAUAGGAGGGUUCAGAUUCCGUUUUGGCUUAGCACGUAUCGUUGGGCAGAAGUUGUGAAGCGGCCUUAUUUUCCACCAGAAAUACGCCACCCCCUGCUGUGCAUAGAGCCCAUUCUUGAGGAAAAGAAAGUCAUGUGGCCAUUGGGAAAGCUGAGCACUUCAAAAUAAAAGCCUCCACGUCAAAACAUGAGCCAUCCAUUUUGUUUUACAUUAUUAUAAAAGGCCAAAAUGCUCUUUAUACAAUGUAUGAUGAACAAUUUAAAUUGUAAACGUACUGGCAAUUUAAUGGAUUGUAAUUUAAUUACUUUUUAAUAUCUUUUAUUCUCAAUUCAGGUCCAUACAUAGCAGGACUUUCACAUCAUGCAUUUGCUGAUAUAUAGAUGGCUCUUGAUUUGACAUGAAGGCUUUUAUUUUGAAAUGCUUACCUUUCCCAAUUGUCACAUGACUUCCUUUUCCUCAAGAAUCCAUUAAAUGAAGAAAACAAAAUAAUGGGAUCGAAAAAAAAAAUUGGAUGGUCAGGGGACUAAAGUAUAAUCCGUUUUUCUGUCAAAACCAAUAAACGGAAAAAUGAAAAAUGGCGCCCUUUUUCGUUUUCAACCAAAAACGAA